UCGGAGAGGAGUGGAUCAACACUGGUAGCACAGAGUCGACAAUCCGCUGCAUCCCGAUCCUGACGUGGACGCACAACAGCAACAAACCAAUCAGUAUGUAAACGAUACACACUUUUAAUGGAGCAUCGUCUCCCCGCUGCACAGUAUUAACCUGCUGGACAAUGUGGACGGUGAUGCGGCGAGCAGUGGGUGUGCGCUCCUGAAGACCCGCCGCGAGUCAACAGAGAAGAGCAGCUUCACCCGGCAUCUCCACCCACCACGGAUCAUGUGUUUUUACUCCCUGCCGUUCUCCAUCCUCUCCAGGUUAAAGCCGACGGAAUCGACCGAAAGGACCAUGAUCCAUUAAAUACAUGUAUCCCCCCCUGCAGCAGCAUCAAGAACCAGGAGAUCCAAGAUGAAAUUUCCGAUUGAGAAUCCAAGAAAGCUCGGGAGCAUGAACCCUCCACCAGUGGAAGUCCAGAUUAACCUGGUCCCCCCAAAGAAGGUGCAGGCAGGCAUGCUUCAGUGCAGCCUGGUGCAUGCCAGUGUGGCCACCAUGCAGAACCCGAUGGGCUGCGCUCUGCCGCGGCUCUCUGUCGCCCCCCGCCCCCCCAGCGUGGUGGCCAACAUGGAGGGGGUGGUGGACGGUUAUGCCACCUUCACCAUGAUGAAGCUGAAGACGGUGCUGGCAGUGUUCGUGGUGGUGGUUGCGUAUCUGGUGGUGGGGGGCUUGGUGUUCCGGGCGCUGGAGCAGCCCUUCGAAAACAACCAGAAGAUCACCAUCACAGCAGAGAAGGCCGCCUUCCUGCAGAAACACCAGUGCGUGUCCCCGGACGAGCUGGAGGCGCUCAUCAAGCACUCUGUGGAGGCUGUGAAUGCUGGAGUGAGUCCCAUAGGUGAUACCUCCUACAACUCCAGCCACUGGGAUCUGGGAAGUGCCUUCUUCUUUGCUGGGACUGUCAUCACAACAAUAGGUUAUGGUAACAUUGCCCCAAGCACUGAAGGAGGGAAAAUCUUCUGCAUUCUGUAUGCAAUAUUUGGAAUCCCGCUGUUUGGAUUUCUCCUGGCAGGCGUCGGGGAUCAGCUUGGUACCAUAUUUGUCAAAAGCAUCGCCAAGGUGGAGAAAAUGUUCCGGAAUAAACACAACCAGAUCAGUCAGACUAAAAUCCGCGUGGCCUCCACCCUCCUCUUCAUACUGGCUGGUUGCAUCUUGUUCGUCACUGUCCCGGCUGUAAUAUUUAAACACAUUGAGGGCUGGACGGCUCUGGAGUCAACAUAUUUUGUUGUCAUCACUCUGACAACAGUCGGAAUUGGUGACUAUGUGGCAGGGGGAGACAGAAGGAUUGAGUACCGGAAGUGGUACAGACCACUGGUGUGGUUCUGGAUCCUGGGGGGUCUGGCCUACUUUGCUGCAGUGCUGAACAUGAUCGGGGACUGGCUGAGGGUGCUGUCCAAAAAGACAAAAGAAGAGGUCGGUGGCAUUAAGGCUCAUGCAGCAGAAUGGAAGGCGAAUGUUCGGGCAGAGUUUCGAGAGACACGUCGGCGUAUGAGCGUCGAGGUUCAUGACAAGCUGCAGCGAGCCGCCACCAUUCGGAGCAUGGAGCGCCGUCAGCUGGGCCUGGACCAGCGUGCCUUGUCCCUGGACAUGCUCUCCCCAGAACACCGCGCCAUCUUCAACAGCCUGGACACCAACAGCUACAAGACCUCCUCCCAGGAGAGCAUCGACACCAAGCUGAAUAACCUCCGGCUGCAAGGGGCCGAGCACUGUGAGCAGGGCGCCAGCCACCAGACCACAUCCGAGGACAACAUUUUCAACCGCCUGGGCUCCGUCACCAAGCUGGCCAAGCGCAACAGGAAUCGGGACCUGAAGAAGAACAUCCCGGCCGAGACGCGCCGGCCUCACAGCGAGGCGUACGGCUGCAGCACGCUCACUUUCGACUGCAGCACAUCCACCACAGAUGAGGGGAAGAGGAAGGACGAAGGAGAAGAGGACACUGAAGACAAAGAGUGCAACACUAGCUUGUCUGAAUUCCCACUGUUUGUAGAUGCUUGUAAUGGGUUUAUUCCGGAGCUGACCAAAGAGAAUGACAAAGAGAAAACACUUGAAACAAAAGAGCUGCAUAUUCAAAUGGGACCAUAGUUAGAGUGUAGUCCUCUCUUAAAAUACCACCAUUAGUGCCUUAGGUCUCUGUUGUGUGUGCUUGAGCAGGGAUGAAAUGUGUCCCUUUGUGCUACAUACUGUAUUGUCCACAUAUUCACUGUGCCCUCUGGAUGUCAUGGACACACGUUGUGUUAUAUAAAUGCAAGACCUGGUAGUUUUUUUUUUAAUUGAUCUGGUCUGGUCGAAUGGUCAUAUGAAAAAAAGGUAAUUAAUAGGUGUUAAAAUAAUAUCAACAUGAGUGUUUGUUUUGCAGCUUUGGCCAUUAUUUCUCUUAGUUUUGAUAACAUGGAAAUACAUCCAGAUACUCUUGAUGUGGGAUAGGGGACAGCAAUUGUUUUAUCCGUCAGUAUUUCUACAUUCAAUAUUCAUUGGUAUCUAGUCUUGUGCUCACUGAAUACAUUCUACUUUCUAGCGGAAAUAAUAAACACAAUAUCACGGGGCUCAUAAGCACCAAGCAACAUUUUGGCUGCGUUCAGCAUCCUCAUCUGAACAUUACACGCAGAUUUCUUGUACACAAGAAAGCCACUGUCUGUGGUACUUUUAAGUAUAAACUAUAAAAUGUACUUUUUGGGUCCACAUAAAGUAGACUAAAAUAAGGCAAGGCUGUACUUUCGGUGCUGACAACCAAUGUGUCAAAAAAUAGGUGUUUGCCCAUUGUAAGACCAUUUUGGAACAUAUCUGGCACAUUUUCGUAUAACAGGCUGCUGUUUUAAACCCUCAGUCACCUGCAUUUUAGAAUGCUUAACCAUUUUUAGAGAGCACUUUUGAAAAACCCUUGUGUGUAAUGUCCUGCACAUUGUUUUAAAUUCCUUAUUGCUUUGUGUCCGCCAUGUAUUUUUUAUCUUACAUUACAUCAAACAUGUUACCGGUAAUUCUUCCUGGAUAUACACACUGCUUGGUAAUGAGGCAAUACCAAAGCUGCAUUGACAUGAUAUGUGGUAAAGCUGCUCUGUGCUGACGUUCCCGUUGUGUUUCUAUGCAAAUGUUUUAAACUUUGACCUUGUUAGGCUGAACUUUUGACGUGAAACCAAUCAGAUAACUGUUUACUGUAUAGUGGUGCAUGCUAGCAGACGAAGAAACAACAGAAACAAAACUUAACUGGCUUUUUCACCGCAAGGAGGGCAAGGAGAAAAUUGGGUAUCAUGUGAAUGUUUUUCCCGAAAAAAUAGCAGUCAGGAAGCAUAUACAUAAGAAUCUAACUCUAUGAUGAGGUUAUUGGUCCUUUUUAAAUUGUGUCAGGCUCAUUCUUUGUGUAGCAAAACUGACCUGGUUGCCCUUGGAGGCAGAAUGAAUGAAGAACAAAAUGUUGUAUUUCCUGUGUCUUGCCUUGUCUGACUUUGUUGUAGUGAUCUUGGAGUUUGAGCAAUUAAGUUAUCAUCACUGUUAAAAAUAAUGGCCAAAACCAUUUAAAACAACAAAACCCAAUUUAUAAUAAAUGUGGAAAUAUUUGUAUGGGGGUGCAUAAAAUAACUGCAGUAUAAAAAAUAUCUGAAAUCAGAAAUGCAUGCUAUUAUUACAAUUUCAAAAACUCCCUAAUUUGAAGUGUCAUAUGUAUUGCCAAUGAGAUCAUUGGAAGUAUUUGAAAUACUUAAUAUGGCUCAUUACACUAUUACACAAGAAUAAUGAGGUCACCCAAAAAAAGUUGCUUUGGAUAGUUACACAUGGCAAGUUCAUUAAAUGUAACACUUACUAUAUGUGAUGUUGUCAUGCUAUUUCCAAGUUUCCUACUGGAACUAAAAUGUGCAAUUUGAUGUUUAUGAACACUAUUCAAAACAUGCCACAUGUCGCACCCAAGCUAAGCUGUUGUCUCCGUACAAUAUCCAAAAAGGCUACCUAGAUCACAACUGCUUUGAUUACUUUCUCAGGGCUUGUUGUUAUUGUCUAACAAGUGCUGCAUUCACACUUUGAGAGGGGAUACUGACUGCACCUGGGAAUGAAUGACCACCGAAUGGAAGACAAGCCAUAAUGCAAAAAAGGAUGGACUGCUCCAUACUGUACAUAGGACGUCAAUCAACCAAUGGAUGAUUUGGAGAUUAAAGAGUGCACUGCAGUUAUUGUGAGAGGGUAUGGUCUACUUUUGGGCAUACUUGGCAUGAACAGAGCCAGAUGCUUAGCAAACUGAUGUUCCUGAAGGGACAUUUAGUAGAUCGAAUUUACCCUUCAUCUACAACCUGGAAAAUCCAAAUAUGAAGAACACAUAAGGAGACAAGCAUGCGGCAACCAUCAGAGCUGAGACAAACAAACGCUAUCAUAAAGCCUUAAUAUUUGUUUGAUGGAUUCUCAAACUCACCCUGAUGAUUCAAAGAGGAAGGAUAAUUCGCUUUUGAGAACUAAACUUAAUGAGAAAAAAGCUGUAAACCUGCAGAAAAAAACAUUUUGAGUGGAAUUCUAUGCAGUGUGAUUGUUUAUGCAUUGGCAUUUGGGUACGGACUGCAGCUUUCAGCCAUGGCUACUAGCGGACAAUGCUAUUCACACAAGGUCAUGCCCAGUUUCAUACUUGAAAUGUACCAUUGAGGGAAUUGACACCACUUGCAUAAAAGCUGUAACAAGUGUGAAUGCGGCAAAAACGCAAGACUUUUUAAAAGAACCAAAACAUUUCAAAAUCUUAAAAAGAAAACCAAUACAUGGAACAAAAAAGGCAUGCUAAAUUGCUAAACUAUACCACGAUGUAUAUGGUGUUGAUUGUAUACCACCACAUGCUUAGAGGAUGCUGCUUUCCAUGGCAUUUUGUUUUUUAACUGCCCUUGUUAAGAUGCACACACAGCACAUGCUCUGUACUUGAACACUGCUUAAAGUAAAUGUUGUGCAACCAUUACAUUAAAUUAAGUGAUUGUCGUUUGGAAAUAAAAAUUGAAGAAUUAA